AUGGCACUUAGCUUUAUAGGAAAACCAAUUUCUCUCAUAUCUCACUCUGAUGUACGGUAUCGAGGAAUACUGGCGGGUAUUGACCCCGCUGCUUCCACGAUCCAACUUUCAAAUGUGUUUUCUAUGGGUACAGAGUCGAGAAGGCCACCCUCAGAAUUCAUUCCUCCCGUCCAAGAACCAUACCAAUACAUAAUUUUCCGCGCGUCUGAGGUCAAAGAUCUUGCAGUUGAUGAACCAGCUCCUCCGAGUCUGCGUAGUGUUCACGACGAUCCUGCGGUGCUGGGGGCGUCUGCUCCAGGAACUCAACCCCAGUAUGGUGCAUACGGUCCUCAAUACCAACAGCCUGUCGCAGCCCAGCCUCCACCGCCACAAGCUCAGGCUCCUGCCUAUCCUCAGCCUGUGCCAGUGCAAGAUGCGCCAGCUCCCCCGACGAUCCCUGUCGUGCAAACGACUGAUUCACCAGGUCCUAGCACUGGCCCAAGUCGUGUCAAUUCGGUACACACCGCUGCUGCAUCAAUGGAAACAGUUCAACGCGCUUUAGGAGACUUGCGUGGAUCCGGAAAUACGGCGUCCGCGCAUGGAGGUCGUGGUGGCCGACGUGGUGGUCAUCACGGUCAUGGUGGCGAGACAAAAGAUAUUAAAGUCCCUGCGACGGAUUUCGAUUUCCAGAGCUCGAACGCCCGGUUCGACAAGACGGCGGUUGCACCGAAGAAGAAGGAUGGCGAUAAUGAGAAUGGCAUUCCCUCCGACCGUGACUCGCCGACGGACAAAAAGGAUGAGAAAGACGAUGUGGCCUAUAACCCAACGAAAUCAUUUUUCGAUUCUUUAUCGUCUUCAACUCAAGCUGCUCCGCCACCAACACGAGGCACCGGUGGACGGCGAGGUGGUGGAGGCAGAAACCGUAGGGAGGAAGAAAGAGAGCGCAACGUGGCUACAUUUGGUGAGCCUGGGGGUGUAGGACUGAUGGGCCCGGGCGCUUAUGUCGGAGGUUGGGGUGGAUAUGGACGACGAGGGGGACGUCCGAGGGGGCGUGGUGCGCCUCCUGUCGGGGGCCGUUAG